AUGGAUUUCGUAAAAACUGAAGCUACAUGUCUACCAGCUGGUCGAUAUGAAUUUAAAGAUUCCGGUUUGUAUAUUGGUGAAUGGUUAAAUGAGAAAGCAGUUGGAUUGGGUUUAAUCACUAAAGAUAAAUGUCAAGGUGAAUAUACUGGAUUAUGGGAUGCUGGUUCAGAGAAAAGUGGUGUAUUCUUAUGGCCAAAUGCACCAGGUGCUAUGUAUGAAGGUGAAUGGGCGCAUAAUCGACGCAAUGGACAUGGUAUAUUUACACGAGAAGAUUGGGUAAUUAUGGGGCAGUUUAAAGAUGAUUUUAUUAAAUGUGGUAUUAAAUGUAAAGAGAAUUCAAUUGGACGAUUUGAGGGGGAAUUUGAAAAUGGUUUCCCUAGUUUCGGUGUAGAAACUUAUGCUGAUGGAGGUAGUUAUGCAGGUGAAUAUAAAAAUGGUGUACGUGAAGGACUUGGUGUACGUACCUCUAUACCAUAUGGUGAAGUGAUUAAUUUUUUCCCAGAAGAAGCUGCUAUUGUAGCAGAAAUUGCUUUAGAUAAGAAAAAACGUGAAGCAUUACAAAAUUUAUUGAAUUCCUCAUCGACAUCACACCAUCAUCAUCAUACUCAUCCUAAUCACAUUACUACUACUGAUACUACUACUAAUAAUACUACUAACGAUUUACACAAUAUCACCAAUAAUCCUAAUGCUGGUACACGUCGUGGCAGUCUACUUAGUCAACGAUCCGGUGAUGCUGUAGACAUUGAAGAUUUCGAUUUACUACAUGGUGGACAAGAUGAUAAAGAUGAAGAUGAUGAACCAUAUUGUGGACGUCUAGCAAAUCCAACGCAUCAUUCAAAUAAAAAUUUUAAAGAUUUACGUAUGUCAUGUAAAUUUAAAUGUGGUUUUGUCUUAUCAUCACAACGUAGUGAGCUGUUAUUAAGACGUCAACAAAAGUUAAGUCAUGUAAAUUUGAGUGGAGGCAGUAGUGGUUUGUCAAUAAAAAGCCGUAAAGAACCUAAUCAUCAUCAUCACAAUAAAUCAAGCCGUCGAUCGAAAUCAUUAACAAAUUUAUUUAGUCGUUCGUUAAGUAAAGAAUCUAUUGCUUGUGUUCGACGUCAAGGCAGUAUCACGGAACAUUCCGCACAUGGGAUUAGUAAAAUGGAACAAACACCGGAGUCCGUGUUUACAUUGGAUCAGGUCGAUGCCAUUGAUCCUGAAACAGUUGAAACAUUUGCUGGUCAAUGGGAAGCUGAUUCACGUCAUGGUUAUGGUGUAUGUGAACGUUCGGAUGGUGUGAUUUAUGAAGGUCAAUGGAUGAAAAAUCGUCGUCAUGGUUAUGGUCAGACACAUUUUCCUGAUGGUCUAUGCGAACAAGGCAGAUAUCAACACGGGAAGUUGGUAUUUCUUUCAUGGCCAAAAGGUGUGAAAUCAUAUUUACUGCUGUAUAAUUAUCAUAUCAUGCGUGAAGUAGCCAGUGCUGUGAAACGUGCACGACAAAUAGCUGAUGAAGCAUUUAUGAAAGCAAAUGAAGCUAGAGAAAAUUUAGCAAAAGUUGAAAAUGCAGUCCAGCUGUCAAAGAAAGCUGCUGAAUUAGCACGUGACUAUUCAUUGGAAACAAGGGAAUUAGUCAAAGAAAUGUAUCCAGAUUUUGAACAACCUGGUAUCAAAUAUCUAGAAGAUAUGGUACGUUUAAUGAAUAUCACUAAACGUGGUAAUCAGGCGUUCGACACAGCAUUGCAAGCAGCUAAAGAUGUCAUCAAUACAGUGGAAACAAACAUGAAUGCACAAAAAGACGAGCAGCAACAACAACAACAAGACGAAAAUCAAACAGAAAAUGAUCAGAAUAAUUUGAAUUUUCCCUCGCUAGAUUUAGAUUUAAACAAAACUACUACUACUAAUAACAAUAUCAAUGAUCAAUUACAAACGAUGGAAAUGACAAGUAGUGAUCUAACUACUGAAAAUAGUGCAGUGAAUAAAUCAUCAACACUUCAAAUACCACAAUUAAAUGUGGAUUGUACAUUUUCACAGCAACAACACCAACAAAGUAAUGUAGAGAGUUCCAUGACAAAAACUCCAUUACGUCAUCAUCCGCAUCAUCCGCACAUGACAUCAGCAUCAGCAUCGACUGCAGGGCAGAGUUUACAUGUACCCAAUGCGAAUUAUGAGUAUUUCGGUGCGGCGAAUUCACGUGAUCACAUUGAUGAUGUAUCGUAUUCAUCAUCGGAAUGUGAAUCACUUGAUGGAGAAAUACGUACAACACGUAGUUCAUCGGAAGCAUCGAAUUAUAUUAUUUUACCAACAUGUAAGUGA